UUCUCCCGUAGAUCCAGACAUUUAAUGUUGAGGCACCAUGCCAGACCGUGGAAGAUUUAACAAGUGGGGUUGUAAUGGCCCAGGUUCUUCAAAAAAUAGAUCCAGCUUACUUUGAUGAAAAUUGGCUGAACAGGAUCAAAACAGAAGUUGGAGAUAAUUGGAGGCUAAAGGUAAGCAACCUGAAGAAAAUUUUAAAAGGCAUAUUGGAUUACAACCAUGAGAUUCUUGGGCAGCAGAUUAAUGACUUCACCCUUCCUGAUGUUAACCUGAUUGGAGAGCAUGCGGAUGCUGCAGAGCUUGGGAGAAUGCUUCAGCUUAUUCUGGGGUGCGCUGUGAACUGUGAACAGAAGCAAGAGUACAUCCAGACCAUAAUGAUGAUGGAAGAAUCGGUUCAACAUGUCGUCAUGACAGCCAUUCAGGAGUUGAUGAGUAAAGAGUCUCCGGUCUCUGUUGGGAAUGAUGCUUACGUUGACCUUGAUCGGCAGCUGAAGAAAACUACAGAAGAAUUAAACGAAGCACUAGCAACAAAAGAAGAAAUUGCCCAGAGAUGUCAUGAGUUAGAUAUGCAGGUUGCAGCCCUCCAGGAGGAGAAGAGCAGCUUGCUUGCCGAGAACCAGAUUUUGAUGGAACGUUUAAAUCAAUCUGAUUCUAUUGAAGAUCCCAACAGCCCUGCAGGUCGUAGGCAUUUGCAGCUGCAGACACAACUAGAACAACUCCAAGAGGAAACAUUCAGAUUAGAAGCUGCCAAAGAUGACUACAGAAUACGCUGUGAAGAACUGGAAAAGGAAAUUGCUGAACUGAGACAACAAACAGAAGAGCUUACAACCUUGGCAGAAGAGGCUCAAUCGUUGAAGGAUGAGAUAGAUGUACUCAGGCAUUCUUCUGAUAAGGUAGCUAAGUUGGAAAGCCAGGUAGAGUCAUACAAAAAGAAAUUGGAAGACUUGGGUGAUUUGCGACGGCAAGUGAAACUCUUAGAAGAGAAGAAUACAAUGUACAUGCAGAAUACCGUGAGCCUGGAAGAAGAACUAAGGAAGGCCAACGCAGCGCGCAGUCAACUGGAAACAUACAAGAGACAGGCAGUUGAACUACAAAACAGGUUAUCUGAAGAAUCCAAGAAAGCUGAUAAAUUAGAUUAUGAAUGCAAACGACUGAAAGAAAAAGUAGACAGCCUCCAAAAAGAAAAAGAUAGAUUAAGAACAGAAAGGGAUUCUUUGAAAGAAACCAUUGAAGAGCUCAGAUGUGUACAAGCUCAGGAGGGUCAACUCACCACAACAGGAUUGAUGCCUCUGGGAAGACAAGAGCCUUCAGACAGUUUAGCAGCAGAAAUUGUUACUCCCGAAAUAAAAGAGAAACUCAUUCGCCUUCAGCAUGAGAACAAGAUGUUAAAGUUGAACCAAGAAGGAUCUGACAAUGAAAAGAUCGCCCUGUUGCAGAGCCUUCUUGAUGAUGCAAACUUACGGAAGAAUGAAUUGGAGACAGAAAACAGAUUGGUAAAUCAGAGACUUCUAGAAGUGCAGUGCCAGGUUGAAGAACUUCAAAAAUCUUUGCAGGAUCAAGGUUCAAAAGCUGAAGAUGCUAUUUCAAUUCUUCUGAAAAAGAAACUUGAAGAACAUCUUGAGAAGCUCCAUGAGGCUAACAACGAGAUACAGAAGAAACGAGCUAUUAUUGAGGAUUUGGAACCAAGAUGCAAUAACAGUUCACUCAAAAUUGAAGAAUUACAAGAAGCUUUACGGAAAAAGGAGGAGGAAAUGAAACAAAUGGAAGAGCGAUAUAAAAAGUAUUUGGAAAAGGCCAAAAGUGUCAUCCGCACCUUAGAUCCUAAGCAGAACCAGGGUGCAGCUCCUGAGAUUCAGGCUCUGAAAAAUCAGUUGCAGGAGCGGGAUAGAAUGUUUCAUUCACUGGAGAAAGAAUAUGAGAAAACAAAAAGUCAAAGAGAAAUGGAGGAAAAAUUUAUUGUUAGUGCCUGGUACAAUAUGGGAAUGACUCUGCAUAAAAAAGCAGCAGAAGACAGACUGGCCAGUACAGGCUCAGGACAGUCCUUCCUGGCUAGACAAAGGCAAGCCACGAGCACACGGAGAUCUUACCCUGGUCACGUCCAGCCAGCAACAGCAAGUGAUGUGGUUGCAUGACCUGCAGCAUUAUUAUAACAGGGACUGUUCAGUGCAUGACUUGCUUUUCUGUCCAGACUGCAUAACCAAAACUUAACCAGUUCUACACUUAAGACUCAUGGCCAUCUGAUUUCAAAGGGAGAUCUACUUGCAGAGAAGCUUACCAUCUUGGGGAGUGGCUUUCCCAUUUCCCGCUUCCAUUUACUCUUUCUCUUCACAAAAAGUCUCCUAUGAGGCUAGAAGGGAGGAAAUCCAGUAUUCAGAACUCGACAGGAGGCGUUCUGCAAACUGACAGAGCACUGUCAGCUCUCCAUUUUACUUCUGCCUGUUCACUUUAUUUAAUUCUGUUUAACAGUAUUAACACACAGACUUUCUGCAACAUUUUCAUAUACUGAACUAUAAAAAUCUAGUCUUAAUGGUUCCUAAAAAUGCCUUUUGGUUACUGCUAAAAUUUAAAAAGCACCUGCACCCUUAAAGGAUCCACUUUGAAUCUUUAAAUAAUUAAAGUAAAGCGAAGGAGGUGUUUUACCAGGAGAAAUGACUAACGAAUUGCUGCUUGGCCUUCCCAUCUUCCUUAGAAAACCAGGCAAGGUUCAUCUGAUAAUCUCCGAGCCAGGCAAACUACCGGGCGGCAUUCGUUCACAGACACUGCCUGCUUCCUUACGAUGUAUAUACACAGUAGUUUGUGGCGGUUGUAUUUUUCUCUCUGCAUUUUAGCUGUGUUGUGGGUUUCUUUCAGAAACUUUUUUUCAAUCUGUGUACAAUUGUUAAAACAAUCUGAGGAAAGAACGAGAAUGGAGGAAAGUAUGAAAGCCGUCUACACUUUCAGUAUUAUGCAGCCUGUCUUUGCCAGUUUAUAAUUUGGGUCAUUUAUCUUUCACCUGUACUGUUUUUUUUCUUUUUUUCUUCUUAUCGCAGUCUUAGCUAUUUAAUUUCCAAUUGCACUAGCUUGGCUGUUUCUUUGUAUUACGAGGUUUAGCUAUAAGAUUUGCCAUAUGUAGCCAGUGUAACUCAAAAUGCUUUGUACUGCCUAUAUUAAUUUAAAAAGCUGCUUAUUUAAUAUUCUUAAAUGUCUGCACAUUUGUACUACUGUAUCUUUGUUUUGUAUUGGACAUCCAGUACUGGCAAGAUUCAGAAGACGAGGGAGUGCUGUAGUGUUGUAAGUUAAGAGGUUUAUUGUGUAGGAGUUAGUGUGUAACAAAUGGGGACGGGGGGGGCUUUUAAGCCAUAGGACUUUCCAGAAAAUAUGAAGAGAGUCUGAAUGAUGAUGAGUUUGGUUUAAGUCCAGUUGUAGAGAAACCCCAUUCUUGCUCACUAGGAUCUUAAAAACAUAAAGUAAGUGAUGAAAAAUGCAGCAAUAUAAACACACAUGUACUCUGCUUACUCCAAGGAUGGUUUUGCUUGUUCAGGCAGCAGCAUAACCAUCAGCCCUCUGUUCCCCUGUGCUGGAGAAGCGUUGUGCCCACCAGUCUCUGCAGUCACUUCUGGCCACAGAAGGUGGUGCGUGCCUUGUCCCUGGCCCGUCCGGCAGGGCUGUGGGCAGAGCUGCACCUCGGGCGCUGAGACACCUCCCUCAGCCCUUGCUCCAUGGGUUCCUGAUGCCCACUGCAUCUGCAGCCUUGUGCAGGAUGGCUGGGAGAAAGGACAGGCCACGUGGUCCCACCCAUGGGGGGGUCUGUGCCACCCGGGGAAGGGAAGGGCAGGUAGGAAGGGGAUCCCAGCUGACUGUGAAGGGGAGAGGAGGGUAAGCACGAAGGUCCUGGUGAGAAGUGUGUGGUGUGUUCCCUUCUGGAUACCAUAGCAGACGGGGGAGCCUAUGGCUGCCAGGUGCUCUGGCUGACAGCAGUCCGGAAAGACUCCUGGAGGGGGAUAUGUCUUUCCUGGUCCACCAGGACCUGGGAUAGCAAAGUCUGAUGUGACCUGCAGGCAGGACGACCUGGGGCUUGCUGGUGACAAGUCAGGUAUUCCUGCAGCCUACACAGCAGCUCUUUCAUCAGACUGAGUCCAGGAGAGAUCUAAAGGAUUUGUUGUCUUUCCAGGUUUUAGCCAUCGGUCCCUUGUUGUGUGUAAAAGGGCAAUGAAAAAAAAAAAAGUUCUUUUUUGUUGGGUCUUAAAGGUGUGGUUUGUUUCUUGUUGGCCAGCGGGCUCUGUCUGGGCCCUGCCCUGCCCCAGCUGGGCGCGGGGUGCCCGCCGUGGGGCCUCGGUGCAGGGUGGGAGGGGAUGGCUGCUUCGUGCACCCACCCGCACCAGUGUCCCCGGGGCAGGCAGAGCUGCGCCUCCUUUGCCCGGUGGUCUGUGCGCAUUAGAGACGUAGGUAUCUGUUGUUCUUGAGCCUGAAGACGUUUGUAUGUAAGUGUGUUUAGCUUGACAAAAAUUGCUUGAGUUCACUAAUGCAACAGGGAGAGGUCAGGCGCAGCCAGUCAUGAGUGAGCUGGCUGCUUUAAUUAGCCUGGCACCUCUGUCAUGAAGCGAUUGCGAGCUCACAACUCAGAGGUGAUCUCCAGCAUGUCUCUGAUAAUACUAACUUCAUUUGUGCUGCAUAGAAUACUCUUUUACUUUUUAAUAUCAGCUUGUUUGACAGUCCUGAAUUGUUGACCAAUUAUCAAAGUAACUGUUUGUGAAGUUGCCAGUGAUAUAUUUUCUGUAAAAGAAUGGAUUCCUAGAGUGUCAAAACAUUAAGUUCCCAUUUCAGUUCAUCUAUGAAUUGUGUAACUACCAGAUUGUCAUGGUAGCAGUAUUAAUAUACAUAUCUGUAUAUAGAAAAAAAAAUACUCAGUAAUGAUCAUUGGAAUCAAAAAGUUUAAUAUUUUUUCCCAGUCAAAUACACUAAUGCUUCCAAGGUGACAGAAGAGUGUACAGUUGUUAAACAAGUUGUAAAUAAACGCUUAUAUAAAAUGUAAA